CGGCUCACCAGUCACCUAGCUGUGUUUGGAGAUUUAUGUUUGUCCUUUGCCCCUCUUGUUCCCCUUCUCCACGGAUUAUUUUCAUAAUUCUUGUCCAGCUCGCUUGCACCUUUGCAUUUAAUUGCAUUAUAAUAUAGCGGCUAGCACUACACGCCCUCUACACCUCCCUCCCUGCCCCUCCCCCACUGUUCACCCGUUCACCUUCCUUCCUUCCUUCUUUGUUACUACUGACGUCAUUUGCCAAAGUGAUGGCGAGCUGUGCGUAGUGGCCUGCGGUCGAGCGGUGGAACCGUUCUAUGCCUGAUCAAUUUCGCUGGUAGAGGCUGCUCACUGAGUACGGCAAUGGCAAGCACCAGCGGCUCGGCAAGGGCGGAGUUCAUUGUCGGAGGAAAAUUCAAACUGGUCCGCAAAGUCGGCAGCGGUUCGUUCGGAGAUAUCUACCUUGGAAUCAACAUGGUGAAUGGCGAGGAAGUGGCCGUCAAACUGGAAUCGACAAAGGCGAGACAUCCGCAACUGUUGUACGAAAGCAAGCUCUACAAAAUACUGCAAGGCAACGAAGGAAUACCGCACACUAGGUGGUAUGGCACGGAACGGGAGUACAACGUCCUGGUGAUGGACUUGCUGGGUCCGAGCUUGGAGGACCUGUUCAACUUCUGCUCGAGACGCUUCACCAUGAAGACAGUGCUGAUGCUCUUUGACCAGAUGAUUGGGCACAUAGAGUAUGUGCACAACAAGAACUUCAUUCACAGAGACAUCAAGCCCGACAAUUUCCUCAUGGGGAUCGGAGGCCACUGCAACAAGCUGUUCCUGAUCGACUUCGGCUUGGCCAAAAAGUACCGGGACAACCGCAACAAGCAGCACAUCCCUUACCGGGAGGACAAGAACCUGACGGGCACGGCGCGCUAUGCGUCGAUCAAUGCCCACCUGGGCAUCGAGCAGAGCCGCCGGGACGACAUGGAGUCGAUGGGCUAUGUCCUCAUGUACUUCAACCGCGGCAGCCUCCCCUGGCAGGGCCUGAAGGCGGCCACCAAGAAACAGAAGUAUGAGAAGAUCAGCGAGAAAAAGAUGUCGACGCCCGUCGAGGUGCUCUGCAAGGGCUUUCCGGCCGAGUUCACCAUGUACCUCAACUACUGCCGUGGCCUCCGUUUCGAGGAGGCCCCCGACUACAAGUACCUGCGGCAGAUUUUCCGCAUCCUCUUUCGCACGCUCAACCACCAGUACGACUACAUCUUCGACUGGACCAUGCUGAAGCAGAAGGCGGCGGCUUCGGCAGCAGCGUCCGGCGGCAUGGCGGGUCAGCCAGGCGCGGCUCCAGUCGGUCUGGCGGGCCCAGUUCACCGCUAGGGUGGGGUGACACGACGGCCCCCGGCACCGCUUGUACAGAAGAGAGCUUGCCCGCGUGGCACAUCCGGGCCUGCUUAGCUUUUCGUCCCCCGAGUACCCUCCAAGGCCACCCUCUGGCCAACCAAUCAUCAUUGUCUCGGUGUUCCCGUCUGCGCUGAAUAGUGGGCUGGGUUCUUUGCGGUUAAAUUCUCUCCUAGCGUGGAAGACAGGAGCUGUUUUGGGAUUGCAAGCUUAGAAGGGUUGCGACUGUGGGGUGCACUCUCGAGUUUGCUCUUGUAGUGGUUGCUUUCUUUCCCGGCUGGGGUCUGCACUCUCUCUGUGAAGAGACUGCUUUGCGUCCCAGGCGCGCGGUGCAUGUCCCCUUUCUUGCCGCCUUGGCAAGAGAUUUGUGAUCUACAAAAUUUCAAAGGCAUCCUCGAGGAAAGCUGUGCCCGGUCCGAUUGUCUCCGUAAUGCGUCCGAAAUGUAACCUUCGCUUAAAACGUGUUGAUUGGUGCACAUUAAACAUGUUGACAGAGGA